GAUUCACUGGACCCAGAGGAAGCAGAGGUGCUCCAGGAAUACCUGGGGAAAAGGGCCUUGUAGGAAAUCCCGGUUUGCCAGGUUUGCCAGGCCUCCUUGGGGAAAAGGGGCUUGCAGGUGAUGUUCUAGGAGCACCAUCAGGCUUUCCUGGGGACCCUGGGCCACCUGGACUCCCAGGAGCAAAAGGCCCGCAAGGAGAUCAAGGCUUACCAGGAAUUAAAGGAAAAGAUGGCUUCCCUGGUUCACCUGGAUCCAAAGGGAAUCCUGGGUUUCCUGGGCCCACUGGUCUGACGGGUACCCGAGGAUCACCAGCAUCAUUUGGAUUCCCUGGACUCCCAGGCCAGCAAGGGUCCCUGGGUAGAAAAGGCUCACAAGGAUUUGUUGGUUCUAAAGGAUCUCCCGGCAUUGGAGGUUUCAGCGGUCCUAUGGGGUUCAAAGGAUGGCCAGGACAGAAGGGAAUCCAUGGAGAGAAAGGCCUCUCUGGGAAGCCAGGUGUUAAAGGCCCAUCAGGGGAAUUCGGAUUUAAAGGUGAUCGUGGAAUUCGUGGUCUACCAGGAGCACCUCCUAAAAUCAUGCUACAUGUAAUGCUGGAAGUAAAAGGUGAAAAGGGAAAUCAAGGAGUAUACGGUGUUAAAGGGGAUAUCGGUUUAAAAGGACGUGAAGGAUUGCUCGGAUUACCUGGUCAGACAGGAAUAUCAGGUUUACCUGGAUUUCCUAGUUUUGAAAAAGGUCAGAAAGGUGAAACUGGAAUUAAAGGAAUAAGAGGUGUUCCAGGAUAUGCUGGUAUCCCAGGUCCUCGUGGUAUUCCUGGCUUCCCUGGAAUCGUUGGACGGAGGGGAGAAAAGGGUGUUCCAGGAGUCCCAGGUGUGAUUGGUGAAAGUGGCCAACUGGGGGAAAUUG